CGACGGAUAGGAGGAGGAGGAGGAGGGCACUACUGAACAAUGCAAUGUCGCUCACCGUCCUCCCUUCAUCUCCAGCGCACUUUUGUUUGAUCCAUCGAACUCCGACUUGGCUGAGCAGGCAGAGCGAAUUCCAAAUCAAAAAAAGUCAGCCAUGUCUGGGACGGUGAAAAAGUUCAAGCAGCAGUUCCGCAAGGCCAUCAACGCCGGCACGCUGGACGCGGCAACGUCCGUGCGCUCGAGUCGCUCCAAGCCAACCGAGUCGGAGUUGGGCAAGAAGCUCAACACGGAUGCCUUCAAGUUUGCCACGACUGCUUGGCACGGACUGCCUGGACCGGCAACCUGUGCUGCGUUCGAUACUGUGCAGCGACUGCUUGCUAUUGGCACCAACGAGGGCGUUGUGAAAGUGUAUGGUGCGUCGGACGUCGAGACCACACUCGUCAUGCAGGACAACCACCCCGUGUCGCACUUGGCCUUCUGCAUCAACGACGGCGCGUUGCUCACGGUAUCGGGACACCAUCACAUUGAUCUUUGGAACACGCGUCUGCCACAGCCAACGGUCGUCCGCUCGGCCAGGUUCAAGGAGGAGAUUACGCACAUUUACCUGCCCACCAAAUCGACGUGGCUCUAUGUCGGCACGCGCCUUGGAAACGUGCAUCUUCUGACGAUUGAAAGCUUUUCCGUGUCGCCCUACCUCAUCAACUGGUCGAUUCUCAUCCCCGCGGGCAUUGCCGAGACUCGCAUGCUCGAGGCCAAUCCCGGCCCCGUCACCGGCAUCGAAGAGUGCCCGGCAGACUACCGCAAGCUCCUCAUCACGCACGCCUUGGGACACUGCGUCUUGUGGGACUGCAAGGCACGGAAGGUCAUUCGGCGUUACGGCUCCAACAACAGCAGCGAAGCAGGAGGCUCUGCCCAAGGCGGCUCGGUCUUUGCCAUGCCUGGCAUCCGUAAUGCCGCUUGGUCGCACGACGGCAAGCAUUUUGCUCUUGCCCACGACGACGGCACAGUCUCCACUUGGAAUGCCAGCGGAGAAGCGCGACCCGAUCUCAUCAUGCGUGGAACGCAAAUACUCUCUGGCGCUGGAGCAUCCACUUCCCCAGCUCCGGAAGACGCAUCCCGCAACUCGAAUGAGCCAGUCACCAGCGUGGUAUGGGCUGCUGCCGACGAGCAGCGCUCCUUUCUCAUCUACGCGGGAGGCACCUCCAAAACGGACGGUCUCCACACUGUUUACAUUUCGCAGGCAAAAACGCAGAAAAUGUUUUGCUUUGAGAGCAAGGUCAUUUCUCUGCAGGUGGUCGCUCAAUCGCCCUGGCCGAAUGCCAUCCACAAUCCUCUCGCGCUCAUUGUCGUGACCGAGACGGGCGUUGCGGUGGUGGACCUCGUUACUCCCGGCUAUCCAUUCUUCCCGAUGCCCUAUCCGUUCGAGUUGCAACGCUCGCCAGUGUCCUGUGUCCAGCAAUGCACUGGCAUCUCGAACGCCUUUUUGCAAGCGCUCAAGAAUGCCGGUGCCAAGCAAAACACGCACUUGGGCAAGUCAGACCGCGAGUUUCCCAUCUCGGGCGGCAUGUCUGGCAUCAACAAGGAGCAGCUCUCGUUGGAUCUCUUAAUCACGGGCCACGAGAACGGAGCCAUUAACUUUUGGGACGUGUCAGCCAUCUCCAUCAUGCUCUUGUACUCGGUGGACAUCAAGCCUUACUUUGCCGACACGCUUGGCCUGACUACCGAAGAUACCGUUGUGACACACGUAUCGUUGUGUGCCAAAAGCCGCACGCUGGCUGUCGCGGUCGGAUGCGGCACGGCCAUGCUCUUCUCUUUCAGUCUGAUUGCACAAAAGGUCCAGCUCAACACCAUUGUCGUCAAGCGACAAAUGACCAAGACCCCGGAAGCCAAAGCCAAGAAGAGCGACAAGGCUGCGGCCGCGGCUGCUGCUGCUGCCGCCGCCGCUGCAGCCAGCGCGGCAUCCGAAGGCUCGUUUGCUUCCGACUCGUCGUCCGAGGAGCGCAAAGCGCGUGUGGCACAGCUUCGCAUGACUGCUGGCAAAAAGAAGGGCCGGCGCGCCUUGUUUGCAAGCGAGCAACAGCAAAAAGAAUGGGACGACAACAUGGCCAAGUUGCAGGCGAUGGGAUUCCAAGACAGCUGGUGCGAGGAAGAACUCGAGCCUGGCACUCUGGCGGAAGCGGCUGUCGCGUUGAUGGAGCGUGCCACCGCCGCGCGCAUGGAGUACGCCGCCUACGAGGCCAAGCGCCUUGCCAAAAAGAAGUCCCCAACCGACUCGAAAAAGACGUCCAAGAAAAUCGAAAAGCUCAUGGAGAUGGGAUUUACCGAGAGUACCAGCAUGGAGAUGCUUGCCAAGAGCGUCACCAUCGAAGAUUGCAUCUCCCGUCUCUUCCACCGCGCGAACGACAUUCGAUUCGAGAUUGAGCGCGCAGCUGGUCGGAAUCCGAGUGCGAAACUCAACAGCAUUGCACCACCGUCGCCGCUUCCUACAGCUGCAGCUGGCCCUGUGCUUGACACGGAGCUUCACCUCGCCAACACCAACUACGCCGAAGCCGCCACACUCACCUCCGAGUCGGUCAAGGCGCUCGUCGGGUUUCAGCUGAUUGCACAUUACACUGUUGUCGAAAAGGAUAGCGGCCGUCACAUCCGCAACAUUAACUGCAUUGCCUUCAACUCGGCCUGGCAGCUGUUUUGUAUUGCGGACGAAUUUGGUCUGACUGUGCUCUCUACCAAGACUUGGUUGCCUGUAUUCACGCUGGCGAACGUUGAUCUCCCAGUCAACCCGGAAGCUCCCUCGGAUGCCACGCGUACUAAGAAUGAGAUUACCUGCUUGAAGUUGUCCGAUACAUUUGUAUCGACCAAAGAGCCUGGCCAGCAACCCGCUUUGCUCGUCGGCACUCUUUACGGAUCCAUCUACACUUUCAUGAUUCGCAUUACUGGAAAGCAGACCUUGUUCAAGGCAGGCCUGGUCGUCAACUUUAUGUCACCUUCCCGCGUGCUGUCUAUCAACAUUCUCGAUCCGAACGGUACUGUCGUGGAUGCCCCUUACAUUGAGUGGGUGGACCUCAGUGCUUUUGAGCACGCUGUCGUGGCCGAGAUGGUGGACGAACAGACCAGUCGACCGUCCUCAUCGGGUGCCCUCGAGGACGAUGAGGAUCAUGAAUUCCACUUCCUCGUUGUUUCAGACACCAAGCACGCGCGCGUUCUUGCUCUUCCUGAUCAAAAGCGCCUGUACAAGUUGCCGCAAGACCAAACAAUCAUGAACGCCGAGAUUGUUUCUGUUGGCAGCGAUGUCGCUUUUGCGCUGCUGACCGAAAACGGCGAAAUUCGCGUCUUGUCGCUGCUGGAUCUCCGCCUCAUGCUCUCCAACUCGGUUUUGGACUCGACUCUGGGCCGCGCUGUGGUGGCUACCAUCUCUCCGCUUGGCCGUGUUUCUCUCGUGUCUCCAUCUGGAGUUCUCAAGCGAUGUACCUUGCUUGACAAUGCCCCUACAACUGCGCUAAAUGACGCCCAAAGUACGUUGUUUGCGCCAUUCCGGCAAAUGCCUGCAAAGCCUGCGAGUCUGUUUAAGGCGGCCAGCAAGAAGAGCACCACGGACCGAAACGCGCUCUUCAAAGCCUGACGCGAAGGUUGAGUUCGAUGAUUUUUCAGUGUCAUGCAACCCACACCAUUUUUUUUUUAGAUUGAGUUUGUCAAAAUAACAUUGUGUACUCGA